AUGGCUUCAGUUUUCACUCUGGCUGAGGUUUCCGAGCACAACACCAGCAAAGACUGUUGGCUUGUCAUUUCCGGCAAGGUGUAUGAUGUUACUAAAUUCUUAGAGGAUCAUCCUGGUGGUGAUGAAGUUUUGGUGUCCUCAACGGGGAAAGAUGCAACUGCAGAGUUUGACGACGUGGGGCACAGCCACGAGGCGUGGGCAAUGUUGGAGAAGUUCUAUGUGGGUGAGCUGAAUAAGUCAUCCAUUGCGAGCAAGGGUGCAGUAAGCUUGCAGGGCUAUAACAGAAAGAGCAAGAAAAAGAUGUACAUUAUUUACCUCAUCAAGUUCUUGCUCCCCUUGAUUCUCUUCAAUCUCCUCCUUGCUUUCUAUUCCAAAUCAUCCACAUAA